AUGCCGAGAAUAAUGAUAAAAGGAGGCGUUUGGCGCAAUACGGAGGAUGAAAUCCUCAAGGCAGCGGUGAUGAAAUAUGGGAAAAAUCAGUGGUCUCGUAUCGCCUCUUUGCUCCAUCGUAAGUCGGCCAAGCAGUGCAAAGCAAGAUGGUAUGAGUGGCUGGACCCCAGCAUCAAAAAAACAGAGUGGUCCCGUGAGGAGGAAGAGAAGCUUCUUCACCUGGCUAAGCUGAUGCCCACCCAGUGGAGAACCAUUGCACCCAUCAUAGGGCGCACAGCCGCUCAGUGCUUGGAGCACUACGAGUACCUUCUGGAUAAGGCAGCACAACGAGAUAAUGAGGAAGAAGUGGGAGAGGACCCCAGGAAGUUGAAGCCAGGAGAGAUAGACCCCAACCCUGAGACUAAACCGGCCAGGCCAGACCCUGUGGAUAUGGAUGAAGAUGAGCUGGAGAUGCUGUCUGAGGCCAGAGCUCGUCUGGCCAACACGCAGGGCAAGAAGGCCAAGAGGAAGGCCAGGGAAAAGCAGCUCGAAGAAGCCAGACGUUUGGCUGCGUUGCAGAAGCGCAGAGAAUUGAGAGCAGCGGGCAUCCACAUCGGGAAGAAAAGGAAGAAGAAGCGUGGAGUAGACUACAACGCCGAAAUCCCCUUUGAGAAGAAACCUGCUGCGGGCUUCUACGACACCAGCAUGGAGAUUUACGAUCCUCUGGCACCCAACUUCAAGCGUCUCCGGCAGCAGCACUUGGACGGCGAGCUGCGCAACGAGCGCGAGGACCGCGACCGCAAGAAAGACAAGCAGAAAAUCAAGAAGAAGAAGGAGAGCGACCUUCCCUCUGCCAUCCUGCAGACCAGCGGCGUGGCUGAGUUCACUAAGAAACGAUCCAAACUGGUUCUGCCUGCGCCGCAGAUUAGUGAUGUGGAGCUAGAGGAAGUGGUGAAAAUGGGCGUGGCUAGCGAGGUGGCCCGCCAAGCUGCCGAGGAGAGCGAAAGCGCCAACAGCGCCUCCUCUGCGCUGUUGUCAGAGUACAGCAUAACCAACACCAUGAACACCGGACUGCGAACGCCCCGUACGCCUGCUGCCCAGGACCGAAUCAUGCAGGAAGCUCAGAAUCUGAUGGCGCUGACCAACAUCGACACGCCACUAAAGGGCGGCCUUAACACGCCACUGCACGAGAGCGACUUCAGCGGCAUCACUCCUCAGCGGCAGCAAGUGCAGACCCCCAAUACUGUGCUCAGCACCCCAUUCAGAACUCCUGGGCAAGGUCAAGGGUCAGAGGGCAUGACUCCACAAGCGGGCGGAGGAUUGACUCCACGCGGGGCAACGACGCCCGGUCUGACUCCGGGACGCACCCCGCAGAGGGACAUUCUGAACAUCAACAGUGAAGAGCAAAUGGCUGACCCGUUGUACGCCAAGCACCUGCAGCGAGAGAGAGCGCAGCAGCUGAAGCAGAACUUGAUGUCGCUUCCCGUGGCCAAAAACGACUUUGAGAUCGUCCUGCCGGAAAAUGCCGAGAAAGAACUGGAAGAGACAGAGAUGGACGUGGGCUACGUGGAGGACGCUGCCGACGUCGAGAUACGCAAGCAGGCCCAACGUGAUGCGGAGAAAGAGAAGGAGUUGAAGCUGCGACAUACUGCUGUGCAGAGGGACCUGCCCAGACCCACCGAGGUGAACGAGUCUGUCCUGCGACCGUCGUCCAUGGAGCCCUUGUCGGACCUGCAGGUGGCCGAGGAGCUGAUCAAGCAGGAGAUGAUCACCAUGAUGCACUACGACUGCCUUCACCACCCGACGGCCGCCGGCCAAUUGCAGCGCGCCAAAGGCCGAGGACCCGCGUCAGCUUCCAACAACGCCCUACACAUCGCUUACUUGGACACGCACCCGUACAACACCGUCAGCACAGAGGAUAUGGAAAAGGCCAAAGCGAUCUUGGCGGCUGAAAUGGAGGUGGUGAAAGUGGGCAUGGGUCACGGGGAGCUCAGCAUGGAGGCUUACUGCCAAGUGUGGGAGGAAUGCUACGGACAGGUGUUGUACCUGCCUGGACAGAACAGGUACACCCGAGCCAACUUGGCAUCCAAGAAAGAUCGAAUCGAGAGCGUCGAAAAGAAACUCGAAGUGAACCGCGGGCACAUGACAGCAGAAGCGCGCAAGGCAGCCAAGAUGGAGAAGAAGCUUAAAAUCCUUCUGGGCGGGUUCCAGUCCAGAGCCCUCGGACUCCUCAAGCAGCACAACGAACUGUGGGAGCAGGUGGAGCAAGCGGCCACAGAGUUGGAGACGUUCACUCAGCUGAAGAAACAAGAAGACCUAGCCAUUCCUAGAAGACUCGAGGCAUUGCGCGAGGACGUGGGGCGUCAGAUGGAUCGAGAGCGGGAACUCCAGCAACGAUACGGAGAACUGGUGACUGAGAGAGACACCCUGGUGGGCAACAGCGCUCAGAAAUGCUGA